UAAACGUAAAAUUCCACCUCGACCUCCAACUUCUCACCAUCUUUUUUUCCUCUAUAAAUUCCCUUAUUAACCCACUCCACCACCACCACCUCCACCAUCGCGACGACGGCGACCUUUUCUCUCCCACAUUCCUUACCCAAACCACACUAAGCACAAAUAAACCUCAACCAAACACUUCUUACAUUAAAAAUAUGCCAGGUUUUGGUGCAGCACCUCCGUCGCCAGUGCCGCGGUCGCCGUGGCACUCGCCGGUGCCGUACCUCUUCGGGGGGCUGGCAGCGAUGCUGGGUCUGAUCGCUUUUGCUCUCUUGAUCCUCGCCUGCUCCUACUGGAAGCUCUCCGGGUACCUCGAGAACCACGGCGACGGCGAGAGGGACCUCGAGGCCGACGGAGGAGACGGCGCUGCGAAGCCGCUGCCGGUGAUGGAAGAGAAGUUUUUAGUGAUCAUGGCCGGCCAGGAAAAGCCGACGUUCCUGGCCACUCCGAUGUCGAGUAGGGCGUCGUCGUUUGGCAGUAAGAGCAGUUGCACUACUUUAAGCACUCAAAAUAGUACCUUGUCCGAACCAGAUUUUCAAGACAAGAACAUCCAAAAUGGCGGACAUGUUCAAUCACCCGCUGCUGCAGAUCAGGUCCAUUGACAACUUUUUUUUUUCUUCGACAAGAAAAAAAAAACAUAUCAAGAAUAUAAUUUUGGUGCCGUGGUUUUUCUACAUUUAACCCUUGUUUGUAGUAGCUAGCUAGGUUUUCUUUUAGAAUAUGAUAGGUUAGAAUUAGAAGUGGGUUUUGCUAGGAAUUUUGCGGAAAUGUAAAUAAUUUUUGGACGAGGAACGGCAACAUCUAUAUAUAUUUUCAGUGUUGAAUUUCUUCUA